GCGGUGAACAACCAGACCAAGGACUUCAGAUCAACCACCAGUGGUGGCCAUAGUAUAUCAUCUUGGUACAAAUAGCCCCAGUAUCUCAAAGAUACAGAUAUCAUCACAGAGCAAAUAAACAUAGCAGGCCUGCCUAGCGCACACACAGAGUAACUUACCAUGGCUGCCAGUGUCCACCAUCUCCUUGUGCUGCUCCUAGCCUUCACAGCCUUCAAUGGCAGCUCUGCGGCAUCUCGUCCUCUUUUGGACACGGCAGCUGCACCAGAGGCCACACCAGCUCAGCGUUCUACACCGGAAGCUCCAACAACACCGCCUCCAAUGCCUUCCAUUCCCGCAGUUCCAAAACUGACAAUGCCGCCAAUACCAUUCAUUCCUAUCCCGAAGGUCGCCAUGGCACCAACCGCCCCUGGCACAGUUCCAUCUCUUCCGAUUCCGGCGAUCCCAACCACCAUGCCGACCAUUCCUACUUUGCCUGUUACCAUGCCACCAAUGCCCUCAGUUCCAAUUACCAUUCCAUCCAUUCCGAUCACAAUACCAACAACUAUCCCUACCAUUCCUGGGUUCCAGAUGCCACCUAUUCCAUUCAUGUCCCCACCUCCGCAAACCACCAGCCCAUGA